CAAAACCUGUGGGCUAAACUCACUCCUCCUACUUCAUAAAUUCCAGAGAAGGAGAAGUGAGAAGGAGACGAAAAAACCAAAAAAAAUCCAUUGAAUUGAGAGCUGAAUUUCUCAAUUGAAUCAAGCCCCAAGAUUUGUAUUUGAUCAAGAAACGUAACUCAAGUUUUGAGUUUGAUCUGAAAAUCUUUCAUUUCUCUUGUAAUUCUUGAUUAGAAUUCAUUUAUAUUUAGAUAUGUUGGGAAAAACUACAAGACCUAUUGUGAUAGGGAAGCUACUAAAGCCGGAAUUCUCCGGUCACCGGGCGAUGUUUCCCGAGGAAAUUACGAGUCCGAAGAGCCCUUUGGAUUUCAAGAUUCGAUCACCAAGAGUACCGGCAAUCGGGGGAGUCGGAUUGGGUAUACUGGCUGCGUUGGAGAAGUCCGGCGGUGGUCGGAGUGAAAUUCAGAUGAGGUUCAUUGCUGGUAAUUUGAAUAGAGGAUCAACAGCAACAACUACUGCUACUACAGCAACAGCUAAAAGUACAUCUAUAUCUGUUCCAAUUCCGAUUGGUAACACUAACGGUACAAGAAAUUGUAGAGAAGUGUUAAUGGAUGAACAAGAUUCAGAAAGUUACACUUAUGUUACACUUCAUAAGCCGAAUAAUCAAUCUUACACAAGGGUUUAUUGUGAUCAUGGUGGUGAUCAGAAAUUGGUAUCUAAAGUUGUUGUUCAUAAUGAUGAAAGUAAAAAAAUGAGGAUCAAUAUGGGUGUAUUUUGCGAGUCACCACCACGGCGUAACGAAUCGGAAUUCGAGUUUCCGACAUCAGAUUUUCUUAGUUCUUGCUUCUUGUGCAGAAAAAAGCUUCAUGGAAAAGAUAUAUUCAUGUACAGGGGCGAGAAAGCAUUUUGUAGCAACGAAUGUCGACACAGACAAAUAGUUAGCGACGAGCGACAGGAGAAAUGCCGAUCAGAGGCAUCAAGAUAUAGAGAUAUAUCGAUUUCGCCGUACUCAGGUGGUGGCCAACUCUUCUCUGCUGGAAUUACUGCAUCUUGAUUAGGAAGAAAAAAAGUUCAAAACUAAAUAAGCUGGCACCACCACACUAGUAAUUACCACGAUGACGCCUAUCUUACGGUACAUUAUCAUCGGACCUACUACUACAAAGACUGCAUGAACGACGAAAUUCAGUACAUUUUUGGACCUAUGGGGACGUGUUGAUUCAGUACAUUUUUGGAGCAAAAGUGCCGUGUAGUAAGAAUCAACCGGUUCAAAGGAAGGCAAAUUUUUGAAUGUAUGUGCAAGCUUAAAAGCUUAUGCUUGUAUUGUAUAAAUUUUUGAAAGAAUUUAGUGAUAUAAUGAAAAUUGAUCACUCUGUUCUUGUUUAUAUGAAUUCACUAUUUCUGACA